GACAAUGCUUUUAAAAGACUGAUUGAUGGAACCAUUACAGCAACAAGAGCAACAACAACUACAACUAUCACUACUAAUGCGCUACUUUCAUUAUUUUAUUUCUGCAACUGCAAUCACAACACAACCGACAACAAUACAAUACAAAUUCGUCAAUAAUUGAGAAUUAUAUCUUUUGUUUCAAGCAUAGUCUGUAAGUAAGCCUCACUAGCACAAACACACACACAAUAACACGAACCAUAACCUCUAUGCACAAAUCAUGCUUACUGCUGGAAUUGAUAAUUUCACAAAUGAUAAAUGAGUAAUAAAGUAAUUUCACUUUAUUGACUUUCCAAAUGAAAUAUAAACAUUCCUAACUCAGUUAUGUGCAUUUCUACAAAGACGUAAGAAGAAAGAGAAGACAAGGUCAUCGAAACAGUGUCUGCAUGUAUUUAUUUGGGAGUGUGUGGGCGCGAAUAUAUUUGUGUUCAUUUGUGCUCCAUCAUUUUUGGUUUUAAUGAUAAUAAAGGCGGCUUUUAUAGAUCUUAUACGGACAACAUUCAAAUUUCCCGCUUCCAUCGACUUCAAACAAACAAAAAUAAAUUAUUGAAUGUUUAAUCCAUUUCAACAACAACAAAAAUAAUCAUGAAUAGUGAUGAGGAUGACUGUGAUUGUACCCAUGAUGCUAAUCAAUGUAAUGAAAUUAAUCAAAUUAAACAACUAUACGGAAGUCAUUUGAAUGGUUUAAAUAGCAGUGACUUUCAAAUUGAUGAAUCGUCCUCGAAUCCUGAGAAACGAACAGAUGGUAAUAGAACAAAACGUUCAAAAUCAUGUGUUGACUCAUCAAGUUAUAUGUCACAAUUUCAAAUGGGAAAAAAAUCAAUUCCACAAGAAAAAGCUCGACGUCUUGGUGUUUGGCGACCAGUGUCAACAUUUGUUACAAAUUUACAAUCAAAAUUACGCAAUCAAUCCAAUGCGCCAAAAGCUGAUCAGUUGACACGAUUUGAAACUAAACCAAGUAUUAUAGAUCAUUUUGGUCGAUUCGAUGUGGGACAUCCAUCAGGAUGUAAUUCAUCAAUAGCUGAUGUCUCUAUGGAAGGCGAGUAUGAUUUCUAUCCGGAUAUAAUGCAGACAGCAGGAUUAUCAGCGAAUGAACAAGAUACAUGUGAAUAUGAUGGAAAUAAUUAUGGAAAUCGUGUAAAAUUUCUUCAAUAUAUGGAAAAUGAUAAUUUAUCUAAAACAUGUACAGGAUCUGCAAAUACUCCAGUGCUUGUAAGACUUAAUGUUAGUGGGACAGUAUUUCAUGUAAGACAUAGUACAUUGAAACGUGAUCCUUUUGUCUAUGGUAAAAUGUUAGAAGAUGCUAUAUGGGUUGCACAAACACGUGAAUACUUUUUUGAACGAGAUCCUGAAGUAUUUCGAUUUAUAUUAAGUUAUCUACGUCGUGGGGAAUUACAUCUACCACAAGGAAUGUGUGGACCUCUUGUAGAAAAAGAGCUAGACGAUUGGGGGAUAGCACUUGGAUUGGAUAUUCAACGAUGUUGUCUAGGUCCAGUUAUGGAGAGUAAAUCAAAAAUGGAAUCAUUACAAAAAUUUGAGCAUAAAUUGGAACCAGCCUCCAUACGACCAGAUUAUUGGAUACAAUCUUAUAAAUGGCAAGCAUUUCGUGAAAACGUCUGGUCUAUUAUCGAUAUUUCAACAAAACGUGUCAGUGCGCGAUUGAGUACUCAUCGAAAUGCUAGACAAGAAACAACGAAUCCCCUGUUUCCCUGUGAUUAUAAUAAAACCAACAGAAAUAAUAUUCAAUUAAGUAUGAAUGAAGGGACUGCCGAUUCAAAUCAAAAGACACUAGAUCCACAUGAUCUCUGUAAACAAGUCGCUAAUCCAGUGGCUCAACAAUCCCACCCUCAUCCUUAUGCUGAACAGAAUUCACAAGGUCAAGAUUCACUGAAUAAUCAACAAAUCAAUCAUAUUUCAGUAGUAUCUUGUCCACAAGAAACACCACCUUCAAAUUUACCGACAAUGAAUUCAAUAAAUGCUGAUUGUAAUCCAGAGUUGAGUAAAUUUCGUCCAAUCUGGAGGUCAGCAUCAUCGACUGAAAGUGAAGCAAAGUAUAUUACAUGGUUAAGACGUUUAUAUUUAAUUUAUGAAACAUUAAUUGUUACAUCAGCUGUUGGUGUAUUUAUGAUGUCUACGGUAAAAGAUUUUCGUGAACCAUUCUACUUAAGUUCAUCUGCUAUGCCUAAUGGAACAUCACUGGAUAAUUUUCCUAAUCCAUCUGUACAAAUACCAGUCUCGCGAAGAACAAAUAGUAGUCAGUUAACAUUACCAGCUAAAUGGCUUGUACAAAUGGAUAUCUUUUUUUCAAUUGCUAUCACUAUUGAUGUAUUAAUUCGUAUGGUAUUUUGUCCAUGUUUUCUAGUCUGGUUAUUUUCUGUAUCAACACUCAUUGAUAUCUUAUCUUUGGUCCCAUUCUAUUGUGAAUUUAUUUUCUACGAAUUAGUAUAUAAUUCUAAUUAUGAUGAUCCACAAGCUGUAUCAUGGAUAUUAAGUGUACUUCGGGUAGAAGAAUAUUUUGUUAUUUUAAAAGUGUUUGUUGUUCUCCGACUAUUUCGUGUAUUAAGACGUCAUAGAGGGACACGUGUUCUCCUAUAUACAAUUCGUACAACUAUAGCAGAUGUCUCAAUUAUUGUAGUAUUGAUUCUUGAAAGUGCCUUAUUCUUUGGUGCAGCUAUUUAUUUUGUUGAUAAAUCAUUCCCUGAUAUACCACAAGGAUUUUGGUGGGCAUUAAUUACAAUGUCAACUGUUGGCUAUGGUGAUUUGGUGCCUAAAAAUACUUGGGGUUAUAUUGUAGCUACAGCAUGUAUUAUUCUAGGUGCAUUGUUAAUGUCUUAUACUAUACCUGUACUGGUCAAUCAUUUCCUUCUAUAUUAUGCACAUGCAGAUCAACUUUAUAUGGUGAAACAAUUACAUCGUACAGCGAAACGUAAAAUACGCAAUAGACGAAUGUCACGUUAUCUGCAUAAAGCGUUAGCCAGUGCUAAGACAUUUGUUAAUGCAACAAUUGAUAAAAAGAAUUCAACUACAAUUACUCAUAGUACAGAUAAAGGAAAUACAGUAAUUAAUCAUUAAAAAUGUCUUUCUUAUUUUCUAGACAGUGCCUUCUGCUGCUUCUUCUCCCCUUGUGUAUAUGAUUUGUGUGCUUUUUAUGUCACGCGCUCAAACUCUCGCCUUUCUUUCAUACACCUACCGGUCCUUUGACCUUUUCUUACAAUCCCUACCCAACCUACCUAUAAUCCUUUAGGGAUUUCAAUAAGCGUCAAGGUCAAAAAAGAAAUAUUCAAUUCAGAAAAACAAAUCAACAUUGAAGAUUGAAUCUUGUUGUAAAAUUUGAUUCUAUUUUAUAUAUUUAUUUGGAUAUUUAUAAAUAAAUAUAAGAUGGUUCAUGUUCAUCAAAUAACAAAACUUAAAUUUUUUUUCUAGUAAUCUUAUAUUGUACACAAAUUUAUCAGCCGCCAUUUUUAUCAUUGAAUAAUAGUUUACAUAUCAAGAAACUGUUUUGUUUUAUAGAAGUGAUGUAUCCUUUUUAUCAACAGAUUUAAGAAGUCAUCUCUGUGAGUGCAUUUUCACCGGCUUCUUUUUCUCUCUUGACCUCAUCUACAUUUCUUCUGGUCAUUUUUUUAAACAUCUUCAUUUGUCUUUAGCAUCUCAACUGUUUUAUAAAUUGAUCCAAACGGUUUGUUUCUUUUUUUUUGUUUUUACAACUGACUGGUCUGUGAAUGAAAAUUUGAAUAAAAAUAUUUAUAUAGGUAGAGGAGAAUUUUACUCACCAGGGGUUACGUAACAAAGU